AAAGUAAUGAGAAGCUGGAGUUUUAGGUUUCCCAAGCAUCUGGAUCUCUGGCAGAGAGAGACAAAAAAAGGAAAAGGAAGAGGGUUUGUAUUUAUGGAAAAGUGCCUCGACGCAGAGGUAAAGGGCAGAAAGAGCACCCGCAGAGGAAAAUAAGGAGGAGAAAGUUGUUUUUCUAACGGGACGGAAGCAGCAGCGGAGCGAGCGGCAGGAAUGUUACCGGUGAUCCUGACGGUUUACCUCAAUGACACCCAGCAGAUGCUAACCGAGGUCCCGGUCACUCCAGCAACCAGAGUUAUUGAUGUGGUCGAGUACUGCAAAGAGGCCGGUGAGGGGGAGUGUCACCUAGCUGAAGUAUGGAAUGGGCACGAGCGAGUUCUCCCUCAGGAGUUGUUAUUGUUGGAGCUCCUUCAGCAGUGGGGAGCCAGGAGGCCCGAGGUCAGCUUCUACCUCAGACACUGCCCUUCCUGGACACAAGGAGGUCAGCAGCCUUUGGAGCAGAGCUGGACCACAGCGGCAACAACAGAGAGCGCUAAUGACAAGGUUCCCCGUGUGGAGCUGACCCUCUCCGAGCUCCAGGAAAUGGCCACAAGACAACAGCAACAAAUAGAGGCUCAGCAACAGAUGUUGCUCGCCAAGGAGCAAAGGCUGAGGUAUCUGCAGCAGGGAGGCAGAUCCAACCAGGCACAGUCACAGUCUGAAGCUGAGAAGCUGCAGCGGCUCAAAGAGCGAGUGGAGACUCAGGAAGCAAAGCUGAAGAAGAUCCGAGCCAUGAGAGGACAAGUCGACUACAGCAAACUGAUCAACGGAAACCUCUCUGCAGAGAUUGACCAUGUGAGCAGCCUGUUUCAGGAGAAGCAGGCGGAGCUGCAGUCUGCAGUGAUCAGAGUCGACCAGUUGACUCAGCAGUUGGAGGAUUUGAGGAGAGGACGCCUGCAGCUGCACUCUGGUGCACCAGGUCAGGGGGCACCCACGGGGUCCCAGGGUGCAACCACUGGCCAUAAAGGAUCACCCCUUUCAGGCCCUGCUGCUCUGGAGCUGAGGAAGCUUUACCAGGAGUUGCAGGCUCGUAAUCGUCAUAAUCUGGAGCAGAGCAGCAAGUUGGCCCAGAAUAAGGAGCUGCUGAACAAGAGGAAUGCCCAGGUGACUGUGAUGGAUCAGCGCAUCGGCGACCUGAGAGAACGCCUGCAUAAGAAGAGAGCAGAAUUGAGUCGUAUGAACGGAGGCAGCCUGUCCUCCCCUCAAACAUCUUCCCACCCCAGCGGUGGAGUUUCAGGGCGAGUGGCAGCCGUCUGCCCCUACAUCCAAGUUCCAGCCGAGGGGAGACAGGAGCCGGGGUACCCUCUGCCGCCCGAUCCACCACCCAAACCCACGCCUCUCAGCCACAUCCGCUCCCUCUCAGAGGAGGAGAGGAGUGCCAUCAGGAAGCCUUCCAGCCAAUGGAAAGAGUCAGAUUUAGACAUCAUCCUGUCAGAGCCCACUGAGCGGUGGGACGGGCCUCUGUCCCCUCAGGGGGGCGACGGUGACAACACCAAUGAAACACCGUGGCCUACCAUCACUAAGACUGUACCAAACUGGAGGACCAACAGUCCAGAGCAGCUUCCCUCUGGCUAUGGUACGUACCCCAGUGCCACCCACCAGGCGGCGGGGCAUCACUGUGCCACAAGCUCCCUGCCCCGUUCUGCCCCCGGUACGCUGGGUUGGCCUCGAUCCAGUGCUGCCUCGUCCUCCCCUUCAUCAUCCUCCUCUUCCCAGCAAAUACAGCAGCGUAUUUCUGUCCCUCCUAAUUCAAGCCAAGGUUCUGCCACCACCUCCCAGCCCUCGCCACUGUCCCCACAAACGGAGCGAACAGAUCCCCCUCCAGCGGUGGCCGUACGUCCCUACGUACCGGACCACCCCUCCAGGCCGCAGUCCCCCAGGAAGGGCCCUGCUACCAUGAACAGCAGCUCCAUCUACAGCAUGUACCUCCAACAGCCUCAGGCCAAAAACUAUGGAUCUCUGAGCAACAGGACUACUGUCAAAGCAGUCUAUGGUAAACCCAUCCUCCCCUCCUCCUCCACUUCUCCGUCCCCUGUCUCUUUCCUCCAAGGAGGAGGAGGAGCAAAAGCAGCAGGGGAGGAAGCUGCAGAUAAAGAAGGAGGAAAAGGAGAAGGAGGAGAGAGCGUCACCGGGCAAAUCCAGCCUCCACCCAGUGUGGACAACAUCCCCCGUCCCCUUAGUCCCACUAAGCUCACCCCAGUCGCCCACUCGCAGCUCCGGUACCAGAGUGAUGCAGACCUGGAGGUGCUCCGCCGACGCCUCAGCAACGCUCCGCGUCCCCUCAAGAAACGGAGCUCGAUCACUGAACCUGAAGGCCCCCAAGGGCCAAACAUCCAAAAACUGCUCUACCAGAGGUUCAACACAUUAGCAGGAGGCAUGGAGGGAAGCUCAGGCAACACUUUCUACCAACCAGACUGCCUUUUGGGAGACGUGGACAACAUUCAUUCAGCCAACGGAAACGUCGAACCUGGUGAUAAGCAGGUCAGCGCGGCAGCUGCGGAGGCCGAAGGCCAAAACCUGAAUUCGGAUUCCCGCCGCUCGUCCCCUCCUGCAGUCACAGCAGAAACAUCCAAAGAAACAACAGCGGCGGCGGAGACCGGCAACAACGUGUCGCCGUCGACCCAGCCGAGCCCAGCGCGGGCACCUGAGAGACCCGAGGACCAAAAUAAUAACAACCAGAGAGGAUCCAGUCCUGCUCAGAGCUCAGCAGGACACAUCGCUCCUUCACCAUCUCCUCCUGCCCCGCCCACUCUGCCUAAGGUGAAGCGAACCAACCUGAAGAAGCCGUCAUCAGAGCGAACAGGCCACGGCCUGAGAGUCAAGUUCAACCCUCUGGCUCUCCUGCUGGAUGCGUCAUUGGAGGGAGAGUUUGAUCUGGUCCAGAGAAUCAUAUAUGAGGUGGAGAACCCCAGCAUGCCCAAUGAUGAGGGCAUAACUCCUCUUCAUAAUGCUGUCUGCGCUGGUCAUCAUCAUAUUGUGAAGUUUCUGCUGGACUUUGGAGUUAACGUGAACGCGGCCGACAGUGACGGAUGGACUCCACUGCACUGCGCAGCUUCAUGUAACAGCGUCCACCUCUGUAAGAUGCUGGUAGAGUCCGGAGCGGCCAUUUUUGCCACAACGAUCAGCGACGUCGAAACGGCUGCGGACAAAUGUGAAGAAAUGGAAGAGGGCUACACCCAGUGUUCUCAGUUCCUCUAUGGUGUACAGGAAAAGCUGGGUGUGAUGAACAAAGGUUUAGUCUACGCUCUGUGGGACUACGCUGCCCAGCAGUCUGACGAGCUCUCCUUCAGCGAGGGCGACGCCAUCACCGUGCUGCGCCGCCAUGACGACACAGAGACCGAGUGGUGGUGGGCACGGCUGAACGACCGCGAGGGAUACGUACCCAGAAAUCUGCUGGGGCUGUAUCCAAGGAUCAAACCCAGACAACGCUCACUGGCAUAAAGCCCAGAUCAGGAGCCACGUGCACGCUCACAGAGGGGGCAUGCAUGCGGGGAAGAAGAAGAGUUGGAGGAGGAGGAGGAGCAGCAGGAGAGAGAUGGAGCCACUUCCUUCUGUUCGUGUAGAGGCAACAGAGCCACGUCAUGAUAGAUGCAGUGUGUAUUUUCACCGAGAUGCUGCAGAGCUCAAGUAAAUUCAUAAAUCCACAAGUGUUCAGCUGCAUGAGAGAUGCUGGAUGGAAAAAAACAAACAGUAUUAAAAACAGUUUAAUUGCAGCUUUUAAGCUCCACCCAGCUUAAAAUACCAUGAGUUUGGAGUUAUUAUAAAGCUUUAUCUGACAUUCUCUAAAUAUGCUUUAAAUGUCACUUUAUUUUUGUACGGUGUUAAUUUAAAGAAGAACAAAACACCCAGAUAGAUGUUUUUAGUGCCAGCCUCAUCAGCCGCAUAGCAAAAGAAUGUGCUCUUCUCGGCUGCAAUGCAGUGCGAAGAUUUUAAUUGCGGUAAAUUCACAGGCAGAAAGUAUGUGCGAGAUGUGGAAAUGUGGAAGUGAAGCAGGAAAGAGGAAAGUGAGGGGAGAGCGACGUUAGCGGGAGUCAGGUUUCAGCAGAAAAUGAAUCAGAGGGAAAGAGUUGGAAGUGCAACCACAAGACUGUGACACGUGGAAGCUCGGAUCUGCAGCCACCCACGCACGGGGGAACAAAAAAGGCUUGAAGUCAAGUCAGAAUAACGGGCCGUUUCUGAGUUUACAAUCUGAUAUUAAAGCAUUUGUGAACCAUUAUGGGAUAAAUGCAUGCUGUCAUGUCUACAUGUGUCCAACUGCCAGAAGGGUUGUUGAGGGUAAAGCAGGAGAAAGGAGGAAGAGAGGAAGGAAAAUGAGAAGAAAAAGGGUGUGAACGUGAAGGAUGGAUGAUACUUUUAUUUAAAAACGCUGCUAGUUGUUGCCUAUUUUUCAUCAGACUAAAGACACUGGUCCUCAUGUGAAAACUAACAAUAACCCAUCGACCACAAGCUCACUUUUUUAUCAUCUGUCAAUCUGCUGUUAAAUACAUUAAAGCUCCUGUGGCUGCAAACCCGGCUUCAUUCUGGCCUGGAAAAUAAAAACUGUGACAAUGUUAAAAAAGGGGCUAAAUUAGCCGGGAGUGAGCAAAGAAUUUAAAGUCUCAUAUUUUACUGCUCUUAUGGCCAAAAUCCCUGAUUUGUAUUGCUUUAUUUGAAACGAAACAUUGCUUUUUAUCAUUAUUUUCAUCAUCACUAGCACACGCUGCUCCCGUUUGUGUUCAUGUGUCAGUGCUGGUGCUGCUCACUGCUGCCACCUUGUGUACAGGAAGGUUUUGACAGGAAAUAAAGCCUCGUUUCCUUAAACACGUGCUGUGUAAAAUAUGAAGCAAUAAGAUGAGUGAUGUUUGAUGUGAGAGUGGGAAAUUGUUCUGAGGAGUGCUUACCAUUACUUUGUGUAUAUGCAAACUGUAACUAUACAGCUUAUGUACAAUAUUAAUAAAGAAAUUAUAAUCCCAA